GGUCCACUAUAUAUACAUAUAUACACCGCGGGUCUCGUCUCAAGGCGAUCUGAAGCACAUCGAGCAGUGGUGUCCGGCCGAGUGGCAAUCCAUGGAGAAGUCUGAAUCUGAAGACGCGCCAGAGCCGAAGAAGAAGGCGAUGAGCAGGUACGAGUCGCAGAAGCGCCGCGACUGGGCCACCUUCACGCGGUACCUGGCGGCGCACCGCCCGCCGCUGGAGCUCCGGCGCUGCAGCGGCGCGCACGUGCUCGAGUUCCUCCGCCACCUCGACCGCUUCGGCAAGACACGCGUCCACAUCCCGCACUGCCCUUCCUACGGCGGCGCCGCCCUUUCUUCUUCCACCGCCAACACACACUUUCACCCAUGCCAGUGCCCGCUCCAGCAGGCCUGGGGCAGCCUCGACGCGCUCGUCGGCCGCCUCCGCGCCGCAUUCGCCGACAACGACAACGACAACAACAAGGCAAGCAUUAACCCGUUUGCGGCCAGGGCGGUGAGGCUGUACCUGCGGGAUGUCCGGGACACGCAGUCCAGGGCGCGCGGCAUCUCCUACGCCAAGAAGAAGAAGAAGAAGAAGAAGAAGAAGAAGAAAGUCAGGACCAACAAGACCAAGAUCGGGCGCGGCAAGCUUGAUGAUGAUGCCGCCGGCAGUGGCAAGGCGGCGGCGGCAUCGUCGUCGAAGACCAGUGCUGAGAACCCUGCGGCCUCUUGUAGUGGUCGCAAGACGACGGCGAUGCAGCAAGCGGCGGCGCCGGCUCUGGAGCCCCUGCCGCCGUGCCUCCCCGGGGUGCCGAUCGGGUGCUACUACGACGUGGGAUUGGGAGGUCUCGGAGGAGGACUCUACUUGCCCUUGCUCUUCAACGCCUUUACCUAGCUUAGCUAGCUAGCUAAUCAGUCAUUCUAUUAUAGCCUCGAUCAGUCGAUCUCGUUGUUGUGCUCUCGAUCUUGGUAUUAAGAGGAGCUAAUAAUUAAUUAAUGCUCGAUUAGAGUAAUUUCACAAAA